CAAUUCUUCUCAUUUAUUUACUCUGAGCGAGCAGCAAAAUCACCAUGAGCAAUAUCGGCAACAAAAGAACCCAAGAUGGCGGAGAGGCACCGGCCAAGAAGAAGAGCAAGGCAGACCCACAGGCUGCAGCAAGAGCCAAGUUGGAAUCUUACUUCAAGAUGCUCUCUGGAUCUAUCGAGGACAUCAACAAUCGUGGUAUUGGAGUACCGCAUGAACACUUCCCAUUCCACGAUGCCCUAUCAAUCCUUCAGCGAUUCCCUUCCUUGGCAGAGGAAGCUUUUCAAGGCAGUGGUGCUCCAAAUAGCAGGGGCGCGAUUGUCCCCCGAAGUCCACUGUCUUUCUUCCUGGAGGCUCAAUCAGACCUGAAUACCGUCCAAACCAUCUGUGAGUUGGCCCAUGAUCACUUCCAAAAGCAGGAGCACCAGUUCAAGGGAGUCCUCGAUGCUUGCAAGUACGGAGCUCAAGAAGGAGUCUUGGAGUUUCUGCUUGAACGGUAUCCCGGUGGGGCGGAAACAGAGAUCAUGGUAGAACAGGAUCCACCACGUUCGCCUCUAAUGGGGCGUGACUAUGAAAUUCCCUUGGAUUUUGUGCUUGAGCCGCAUCGGACUGUGGAAAACCAAGUUAUCUCAAAGUCAGUUCAACGAAGUGAAGAGGAAAAGAUUCGGCUCAUGCUACUCCUAUUGCGCGCCUAUCCAAGAUGUGCCGAGUUUGACAAGACGCGUCGCUUUCGGAAGCCUCCCUUUCGGAAGAGUAAGCCAUUGUGGUUGCGGUGCUUGAACGGCAACUUCGGUCUUGCCCCAAUGCAUGUGUUCUUUGGUUAUUUCGCACGCGAGUUGGAUAGCAAGGCUUGCCCUUCUCCCCGAGCACCGUUGGACAUUGGCAAAAUUUCGGUGGGACUGGACCAAGCCGUGGCGCUUUCACUGAUUCUUCCAAAACUAAAGGGGCUGUGGCUUGAUGCUCAAUCUUACAGUAGAGAAGCUCUCCUGUAUCUGUUCCAAGAAAUUGAGAAAAACAAGUCAGUUCGAGAGCUGCAUUGGAACGUGCUUCAAUGCCCAGGGUUUCGAGAGUCGGAUGAUGCAAUCAUCUGUGCCUUCAAGGCGGCCUUUUGCGGCAACAGUGGACUCGAACGAGUUUGCUUUUCGAGAUACCGGGAUUCCCAUGGCCUCGACAGAAACGUUCUAGAGAUUGAGGAUGAAAGCAACCGCAAGACUCUUGAAGUCAUCACCGCUAUAGCCACCAACGAGAAAAGUCGGAUAAAAGACAUUGGGCUCGAGGGAUGUAGGUUCGUUGGUGCUUCUUCAACCGUGCUCGCCCAAUUGCUUGCAGCCAGUCAAUUGACAAGCCUGAAGAUCGACUCGUGCGAGUUUGGUUCAGACUGGGUGGAUGUCCCAGUCUCCCCGGCAUGUACGAUAGCCAAAUUGACGGUGCGAGGCUGCGAUCUUGCUUCUGACUUUGGGCAGGGCUUGGUUUCGCAACUAGCUAAUCUUCCGGCUCUCCGUGAACUCUGGCUGGAUGGGCCUCAGCUUGAUAUCGACCAUGAUGGGGCACCAGCUGACCUUGCCGACAAGUUGGUACCACUACUGGAAAAGCACCAACUUCGCCGCCUGCGACUUCGCAACAUUUGUGUAGACCUAACCUCUUUUGAAGCCUACCUCAAGGCUGAUGAUGUCCUAGAAGACUUGUGGAUGGAUCCAUGGUACCACGUUUCAACUGCAUUGUUGGACGGGGAACGCUUUCACGGGUUCCUCGAUUGCAAUCGAAGUGUGAUCUCUUGUAUUCGCAAAUCUCUCCAGAGUGGCAAUCUUACGCUGAAGAAAGUGAUGACGAUGACGACCCUUGAUGCAUGGUGGGACAAUGGGCGCGUAGAUGUGGAGGAAAGGUACAUCGCUGUGAACGAUUUGGCAAAGAUCGAGUACUACCAGACAGUCAAUAGAUUCGGACUGCGCCAAGCAAGUCGUUGUAAUGUCGAGCAAGAGGAAAUAGUUGGUCUCUUGUGCGACGUGGCUUCGUCCAACUAUGAAAAGCAGGAAACUGACCUGACGACGCUCCUGUAUCGCAAGGAGGGCCCCGUUUUCGAUCAGGCGCGUUGCAAGCAUAACAUUCAGUAUGGACUGCUGCGCAGCAAUCCGAUGGCUUGGUGCCUGGAUAAGGAAACAUACUUGUCAACGAUUGGGUUGGCCUGAGCAAGCUGCAACGAGUAUGGGAGUUGAGAGUAUGUACAACUCUGGUAGAAAGAAGAUUGAUAUGUGACGUUGUUCCCAGUGACCUCUAGCUUCAGCAAUGCCUGUUGGGAAAGAUUAUUGGUGCCCCUUUUGGUUGUUGCUGUGUCCUGGUUAUAACUGACUAGUACUAUGUACUUCGUGUCUAGUAGCCCUAAUCCAUAAUAUCGACUCCUGAACAUCC